UCAUACCAAAUUAAGUACGAGUUAUCUAGAUCCUGUAUAACAUGGCGACUAUGAAUGACGAAACGUGGCUAGAGAAAUUUGAAAUAUAGUAAGAACUUGGUUCAAGGUUACAGACAUGGAGUAAUAACACAAGACAUUUUUCACUAUAACAAACCCAUUGUGGUAUAUUUCAAAAUGGAUGAGGAUGCUCUUCGUGGCCUGGACCCAAGGGCUAAUCCACAGCUACAGAAUAGGGCUUUGCAGUAUUUUGAACAAUUAAAAUCCUCACCUGAUGGUUGGAAGCUUUGUGCUGCAACAUUCACCAAUGGAAACUAUUUUGGAAAUGACCAAGUGAGAUUUUUCUGUCUCCAAGUGAUAGAGCAUUAUCUGAGAUACAGGUACAGGGAAGCUGGCAUUGAUGACCAACAGAGUGUACGCAGCCUCAUCUGUACAUGCCUCCAGCUGAUGGGAAAUGAAUCAAACCAAGACCGAAAUUUUUUACGUAAUAAGGUAGCACAGAUUACCUCCCUUGGUUUUGUUGCUGAUUACCCCCAUCGGUGGCCCUCCUUCUUCACUGACCUGAUCGGGAUCCUGUCGCCAAGUGCUAAAGCUGUGGACAUUUAUCUGCGAGUCUUACUGAGCAUCGACAGCGAGGUGGUAGACAGGGAAAUUGUCCAUACAUUUGAGGAGAUUCAGAGGAAUACAGUCAUUAAGGAUGCCAUGAGAGAGCAGAGUGUGUUACAGCUGACAGAGACCUGGUACACCAUCCUGACCCAGUUUCAGUCCAGCAACCCUGAGGUGACCUGUAUGUGUUUAGAUGUUAUUGGGAAGUAUGUGUCAUGGAUUGACAUCAACCUCAUUGCCAACGACAAGUUUGUGGGGGUGUUGCUGGAGUUCAUGUCUAUGCCUUUGAUACGGGAAAGUGCAUGCGAUUGUAUCCAUGACAUCAUCAACAAAGGAAUGGAACCAGUAGCCAAGACCAAGCUCAUCGAGUCCUUUACAUCCAUUCUGCAAAACCGAGGAAUCUUCAACCCACAAGAGGAGGAGGAAGGAGAUUACAUGGCUAAACUGUCCAAACUUAUCAAUGGGAUUGGGGUCAAUCUGAUCAUCAGCUGGCAAAAAUUGCAAAAAGCAGAGGAUCAAGAAAAUAGCAGUGUUACCAUGGCAGCACUAGAAGAGAAGGUCCCACUCAUGUUCCGUUUCCUUGGUGAUGAGGAUGACGACGUUUCGGCGGCUGUCAUUCCAUUUGUCCAGGAGUAUAUUGGAAUCCUAAAACAGAUGAAGCAAAUAUCCCCUAAACACAGGGAACACAUUGAGGGUCUGCUGUACACUGUUAUUAAAAAGAUGAAAUAUGAUGAUUCCUACAAUUUUGACCAUGAGGGUGAAGAUGAGGCCAUGUUUCAAGAGUAUAGAAAACAACUAAAGACUUUAUUCACAAAUUUAUCUGCUCUGGACACGGAGCUGAUGGUGGUCACCAUUCACACCCUGGUGACUCAGACUCUGCCCCAGUGGGAGACGGUCAAGGUCUGUGACCUUGAGGUGGCCAUUACCAUGCUGUACAUGCUGGGCGAGGCUUUACCGAAUCCCCAAGGACAGCAGUUCAGUCCUGACAUUUCAAAAGCCAGUGCCCUACAGAACAUGAUCAGACUGCUCAUCAGCAGCCGUGUAAGCUGUCAGGGUCACAUGAUUGUAGAACUGCAGUUUUUCGAGACAGUUGCCAGAUAUGAAAAGUUCUUUCUAGCUGAACCUCAACAUAUUCCUGAUGUUCUGAUGGCAUUCACGGAUGAGCGAGGAUUUCGUCACCCCUCAGCACAGGUCCGGAGUAGGACAUCUUACCUGUUUUCCAGAUUCAUUAAAGGACUUAAGUACUUAGACAUGAUGAUUAGGGGACAAUUGAAUCCUUAUAUAGAGGAUGUGUUGAGUCGAAUCCAAGAUUUACUGGUCCUCAACACUCCUGACAAUGGGUACCAGCAUCUGCUAUCGAAUGAGGACCAGUUGUUUAUCUACGAGACAGCGGGCAGCCUCAUUGUCUCCAGUAGUCUCUCACCAGAGAGAAAACAUCACUUAAUGAAGGAGUUACUUUCACCAAUUGCCAGUAAGUUUGAGAGCUUGUUGAGCAAGCUACAGGGGGAGACAGACGAGAAGAGACAGUAUGCUUAUGCACAGAGCAUCAACAUGGCCACAUCAUUAGCAAGCCGAGUGAGCAAAGGAUUUUCUAGUCAACAAACCAUGCAGGCCUGUGGCUGUGUGGAGACCUUCACCGACCUGCUGAAGAUCUUCCUGCAGGCUGUAAAUGUCCCCACCCACAGGCAGCUGAUACAGACGGGGGUGAGGCAGUACCUCCACAGGAUGGUGGUCUGUCUGGAGAAGGAGAUCCUGCCCUUUGUGCCGGUCGUUCUUGAGAACCUGCUGAAGCAGCCCGAGGCCAAAGAGCUGCAUGACUUCCUGCCACUGAUGAACCAACUCAUUAUGAAAUUUAAAGCUGCCAUUGUCCCCUUCCUACAACAAGUGUUCAUGCCUCUGGUCAGUACCAUAUUCCAGGUCCUGUCCACGCCCUCAGACGACCUUGACCAGGUCACGGCCGUGGAGAAGAAAAUGCUGCAGAGGAGUUACUAUUUAUUUCUGUCUACAAUAAUUUCCAAUGACUGUUUGGAUGUCAUCAAAAACCAAGAGAUGAAUAAUCUUCACAGCCUACUUUUAACGGUUGUCCAGGGAGCGGCAGACAUUCCAGAUCCACAGAGUCAGAAAAUGUGUUACAACAUAAUGAAGAAGCUGGUUGAGACUUGGGGUGGGCCCAAUGGUUUAGCCGGCUUUGUGGAUUUCAUGUACAAGAGUUUUCUGCCAGCAUGCUUUCUUGGUCCAAUGAAACCCACCUUUGACCUAAACGAUGGACAAACUUCACUGGCUCUGGGAGAGUGUGCUCAGUGUUUGAGGUGUAUGCUGGAUAAAAGGGGCCAGGAGUUUUUAACUUACCUGUCCACCGAUUACCUGCCCAAACUGAAUGUACCUGCUGAAAAUAUUCAGGAGUUGUGUGGAGCUUUAAAGACAGACAACAAAACAUUUAGAACUUAUUUAAAGAAUUUUUUCCUGAAAGCAAAGUCAUGACAAAGGGUUUGUCUCAGAAGGGGAGACAACUAGCUUCAUCAUCCUCAUCCUCAUCAUAAUCAUCAUCACCCAGGAAAUGCAGUGUAAGAAUCCAAUGAAGAACUUUGUGUUUGUGCAAGAACUUACUGAAGAAGGAAGUUUGUAUCCGAGACUGGUAAACCAAUGACAUUACCAGAGAGAGUCAGUCUUGUCCCCAUGUAGUGAUUGCUUUUAGCUGUUGGAUGUGCUUUGUGCUGUUUUGCUAUUUCAGUUUUGUAAUACAUGUUGGAGAGUUUUGAGAAAAAAAAAACUGAACAUGAGUAGGGUGCUAUGAAGGUCAGCAUUUCAAUGCAGUGUAUUGAUGCCAAAAAAGUAUUUUGUAUUUGUUUUAACCUUAUGUAAAGAAUAUUGACUGCACUACAAUAAGAACACUAAUCCUCUCUAUUUUCUCACAGUUAUUUUAAAGAAAGUGGCAUUAUUUUAUUUUAUUUUUUUUUAAUUUUGUGCAAGUUGAAGAAAUUUCAAUUAGAAUAUAUCUGAAGAUUUUGGUGCACAUUGAGUGAUUGCAUGUCACCAUACGGAAUGCAUUGGACAGUUUGAUGCAAAAAUGUGUGUCGUGUCUGAGAGAGAGAGAGAGAGAGAGAGAGAGAGAGAGAGAGAGAGAGAGAGAGAGAGAGAGAGAGAGAGAGAGAGCUUGUGUUAUAUAUUAGAUACAUUUGAUAAACAUAACCUGAAGAGAGAGAGAGAGAGGAGAGAGUCCUUCAUUAAAGCAAUUAAUUUGUUUUAUUCAGAGUAAUUGCAUUUCUGUCUAAUUUUGAUCUGCAAUCUUUAAUAGUCAUUAUUAAUAUUAACAUAAAUAUGUACAUAGAUAUUGUGAUAAAAUGAAUUAAUGUUAUUUUUUAUACAUCCAAAACUUUUCUUGAGAGAAAUCACUUGUACAUGAAUUUUACUCAAAUAUGAAUUUGAUAAUUUGUGACGAAUUAUGUUAAAAAUGUUGGAAGAUAUUAAUAUUCAAGGUUGAGUCAUGAAAUGAGCUUUUUACACAGCAAUAAGAUUUUGUGUUCUCUGUGUAUCAGACCACUUUAUAAUGCAUUGCAUAUAAUGUCUUUUCUGUUAGUUUUUGGGUUGUUACUGCUACAGAUAUUGUUAUUAUAUUAUUUUUUUCUUUUAAAAUUAAAUAAAUCAUUUGUAAACAUU